AUGGGUGGUGGUGGGAAUCUCGUCGACGGUGUUCGUCGUUGGCUUUUUCAGCGUCCUUCUUCUUCUUCUUCCAAUAAUAAUCAAAACGAACCCAUUCUUCUCUCCUCUGCUACUUUUUCUAAUCGAGAUCAUCAAUCAGGUGACGCUGAGCUUGUUGUUACUGAAGAUUUCGACUUUACUGGCUUAAAGCUUCUUAACGUUCCUAAACGUCAUCACUUACCCAUGGAUCCUCAAAAGAAGGGUGUGCAGGAAGCUGAGUUCUUCACGGAGUAUGGAGAAGCAAACAGGUACGAGGUUCAAGAAGUCGUUGGUAAAGGAAGCUAUGGUGUUGUGGCUUCUGCUCUAGACACACACACUGGUGAGAGAGUUGCGAUCAAGAAGAUCCACGAUGUGUUUGAGCAUGUCUCUGAUGCUACUAGGAUUCUCAGAGAGAUCAAGCUGCUACGCUUGCUUCGUCAUCCUGAUGUUGUGGAGAUCAAACACAUCAUGCUACCUCCUUCUCGCAGAGAGUUUCGGGAUAUUUACGUUGUGUUUGAGUUGAUGGAGUCUGAUCUUCAUCAGGUGAUUAAGGCCAACGAUGAUUUAACUGCUGAGCAUCAUCAGUUUUUCUUGUACCAGCUUCUCCGUGGUCUUAAAUAUGUUCACGCAGCUAAUGUGUUUCACAGGGAUUUGAAACCAAAGAACAUUCUAGCUAAUGCUGACUGCAAAUUGAAGAUAUGUGAUUUUGGACUCGCUCGUGUUUCUUUCAAUGACGCCCCCACUGCUAUAUUCUGGACUGAUUAUGUAGCUACUCGGUGGUAUCGUGCCCCUGAGCUAUGUGGAUCGUUUUUCUCCAAAUAUACCCCAAUGAUUGACAUCUGGAGUGUUGGUUGCAUUUUUGCGGAAAUGCUUUUGGGCAAGCCUUUGUUUCCCGGGAAGAACGUGGUGCACCAAUUGGAUCUUAUGACUGAUUUUCUUGGCACUCCACCUCCUGAGUCCAUAUCAAGGAUUAGAAAUGAAAAGGCGAGGAGGUAUCUUAGCAGCAUGAGGAAAAAACAGCCAGUCCCUUUCUCUCAUAAGUUCCCUAAAGCUGAUCCUUUGGCUCUCCGCCUCCUUGAACGCCUGCUUGCCUUUGAUCCUAAAGAUCGUGCAUCUGCUGAAGAUGCACUAUCUGAUCCAUACUUCAGUGGUCUGUCAAAUUCAGACCGUGAACCAUCAACACAACCAAUUUCAAAGCUUGAGUUUGAUUUUGAGAGAAAGAAGUUAACAAAAGAUGAUGUCAGAGAAUUAAUCUACAGAGAGAUAUUGGAAUAUCAUCCUCAGAUGUUGGAGGAAUACAGUCGUGGUGGUGAUCAGCUUAGCUUCAUGUACCCUAGUGGGGUUGAUAGAUUCAAGAGGCAAUUUGCUUAUCUUGAAGAAAAUCAAGGUAAGCCAGGAGCAGCAGCAGGUGGAGGAAGAAGUACUGCACUUCAUAGACAUCAUGCUUCCUUGCCAAGAGAGAGAGUUCCUGCUCAGAAAGGUGAAACUGCAGAAGAAAGCAGUGGUGUUGAGAGUAGAGCAGCAGCUGCUGUGGCUUCAACCUUGGAAUCUGAGGAAGCGGACAAUGGAGGAGGUUAUAGUGCUCGUAACCUCAUGAAGAGUUCCAGUAUCAGCGGUUCUAAAUGCAUCGGUGUCCAAUCUAAAACUGACAAAGAGGACACUAUAGCUGAAGCAGAUGAUGAAGCAGUUACAGAGCUUACUGAUAGAGUUUCUACUCUUCAAUGA